AUGGGCAAAGGCCAAAAAAAGACCGGAAAAGGUCGUCUAGAUAAAUACUAUAAACUAGCAAAAGAGCAAGGCUACCGUGCCCGUUCGGCCUUCAAGCUCAUUCAAUUGAACAAGAAAUAUGGCUUCCUAGAAUCUGCAAGAUGUACCAUAGAUCUUUGCGCAGCACCUGGUGGCUGGCUGCAGGUUGCUAGCAAAUACAUGCCCCCCAACAGUUUGAUCAUUGGUGUCGAUCUCGUCCCCAUCAAGCCCAUUCCUCGAGUAAUUACAUUUGCGUCAGACAUCACGACGACCCAAUGUCGCAAUUACCUACGCGGGGAGAUGAAAGAUUGGAAGGCAGAUGUCGUACUCCACGAUGGUGCCCCAAACGUCGGUACUGCCUGGGUUCAAGACGCCUACAGUCAAUCUGAACUCGUCUUAAUGAGUUUGAAACUCGCUGUCGAAUUCCUCGCAAAGGGCGGCACUUUUGUGACCAAAGUUUUCCGCAGUGUGGACUACAACAGUCUCAUUUGGGUUUUCAGCCAGCUUUUCAGCAAAGUAGAGGCAACGAAACCACCCUCGUCCAGAAACGUUUCGGCCGAAAUCUUCGUUGUCUGUCGAGACUUUCUGGCUCCCAAAUUCAUUGAUCCCAAAUUCCUCGACCCGAAACACGUCUUCAAAGAUCUCUCAUCGCUCAUUUCUGCCGAUAAAGGACCCACGGUCAACGACACCCAAUCCAAUGUUUUUCAUCCAGAGAAGAAGCGUCGACACCGUGAUGGUUAUAACGACGGAGACUACACUUUAUACCACUCGAUCCCGGUUACCAAGUUCAUCCACUCUCCCGAACCCAUCGCCAUCCUUGGUACAUAUAACAAAAUCACAUUCGAUACCGAUGAGGAGAAGGAGUGGCUUAAACUCGACAUCACCAAGCCCGAUGUCAAGUUGAACUGUGACGACCUGAAGGUGCUCGGCAAGGGAGAUUUCAAGUCUCUGUUGAAGUGGCGGUUGGCCCUCCGGGAAGAGCUCGGUCUCGAAGUCACCACGAAACAAACAGAGGACGCGACUGAGGUCAUUGACGUGACCGAGGAAGUGGACGAAGAGCAGCAAUUAUCCGAAGAGUUGGAACGGUUGAACGCGGAAGCGGCUGCCCGCCUGAAGCGCGAACGACGAAAGGCCAACGAAAUCCGGACGCGCACCAUCCAGCGUAUGCAGCUUCAGAUGACUGCGCCCUUGGAUAUCGGUCUUGAACAACAUGACGCUGCCCUGAAUCUUGGCCAAGAAGACAUUUUCGAUCUCGAGCACACCCAAAAGUCCUUACGGAACAGGCAAGAGUUCAUCACAGACGCCGAUGGUGACAUCCUGGUGGACGACGAUGAGGGCCUUGCGGGACCGGACGAUGACGGCGAUGACGAGGUCCUGGAUACCGAAGACGAACGGGAGCGUAAAGUGGCCCAGCUGGAAGCCGACAUCGACAACCUCUACGACGCCUACCAGGAGCGGCUCAGAGAAAGAGAUUUGAAGUUCAAGGCCAAGGAAGCCCGUCGUAAAAACGCAGAACGGGAGGAGUGGAACGGCAUCGCCGAGAAGGGUUCUGACGAUGAAGACUCCGACGAGGACUCGGAGGGUGGUUAUGACUUGGUGCAACAGAGAAAGUUGGAAGACGGCACUUCGUCAUCUGACGACUCGGACUCUGAUGAGGAUGAGGAUGUGGUUCCCAAGUCGAAGAAAAUGAAGCGGCCUCAGAAGGGAGAUGAGAGCUCCGCGCCCAAGUCGAAAAAACGGAAACUGUCGCCGGGUCCUGGAACAUCUACAGCAAUACCUGCGCCUAGUGCGGCAUCCUCGCUAUGGUUCAAGCAGGAUGUCUUUGCUGGGGUAGACGGUCUUGACGUAUCUGACGAAGAGGACAGUGCCAUGGAGGAUGGUUCGGAGGACGGGGACAGCGGCUCGGAUGGAGAUGCUAUGUCAGUCGACGAGGAGUCCUGGGACUCGGAAUCUGGGUCUGAUGAUGAUGACUUUGAAAUCGUGCCACAAGACCAUUCUGACGACGACACAAUGUGGGAUGUGGAGGAUGACGACGAAGACGAAGCCAAGCGAGAGAAGAUAAAGAAGCAUGGUCUCGCUACUGCGGAAGCCGUCACUCUGGCACAACAACUCGUUAAUCGCCAAAAAACCAAAACGGAACUCAUCAACGAUGGGUUCAACCGGUACUCUCUGAAUGCUAAAGACGGUUUGCCAUCCUGGUUCGUCGAGGAAGAAGCUAAGCACUAUAAACCCAAUAUCCCUAUAACCAAAGAAGCGGUUGCCGCUCUCCGCGAAAAGCAGCGCGCAUUAGAUGCUCGACCUAUCAAGAAAAUUGCGGAGGCCAAGGCUCGCAAGAAACUCAAAGCUCAGCAACGUCUGGAGAGGGCGAUGAAGAAGGCUGAGGGAGUAAUUUCAACUACCGAUAUGACUGAGCGAGAGAAGGCCCAGCAAAUCGAAAAGUUGAUGAGAAAGGGUACAUCGAAGAAAAAGGAGAAGAAAGAGGUCAAGGUGGUUGUCGCCCGUGGUGCUACCAAAGGUGUUAAGGGCCGUCCCAAGGGUGUCAAGGGUCGAUACAUUAUGGUAGACAGGAGAGGAAAGAAAGAGUUGCGCGCCAAAAAACGGAGGGAAAAGGCUCAAAAGAAGCGCCGAUAA